AUGUUCAGGAUUUGUCGGCUGGUCGGAGGGGACAGCCCCUGCUCAGGAAGUGUGGAGGUCUACGACAGGGACCAGUGGAAAGCUGUCUGUCACUCCCACUUUGGUGCCAAAGCUGCCGAGGUGGUGUGCAGGGAGCUGCAGUGUGGCACAGCCCUGUCUGUCCAUGGGGCAGCUCAGCUGGGAGAAGGGGCCGGUCCUGUCUGGGACAGAGAGCUGCAGUGUGUGGGGAAUGAAUCCCAUCCUCUUCUGCCCCGGGGCCCCAAGGACAAGGCCUGCACCCACAGCAAUGGCACUCAUGUCACCUGCACACGGUUCAGGCUGGUGAACGGCAGCACAGCGUGUGAGGGCAGGGUGGAGGUGGAGGUGCUGGGGACGUGGGGGACCCUCUGUGCCUCCCGCUGGGACCUCUCGGACGCCCACGUUCUGUGUCGGCACCUCGGCUGUGGCUUUGCUGAGUCCAUUCCUGGAGGAGGGCAUUUUGGGAGAGGAACCGGCCCCGUCUGGAGAGACUCGUUCCACUGUGACGGGACUGAAGCCCACCUGGGGCAGUGCCCGGUGACUGCCCUGGGGGCCUCGCCGUGCUCCCAGGAGAACGCUGCUGCUGUCAUUUGCUCAGGUGAGCCUUCACCCAUGCCCCUGCGGUUGGUGGGAGGGAGCCGGUGCGACGGGCGCGUGGAGGUCUUCCAGCACGGGACGUGGGGCAGAGUCCUGGAUGAGCAGUGGGACAUGCAGGAGGCCAGCGUGGUGUGCCGGCAGCUGCAGUGCGGAGAGGCAGAGGCAGCCUACACCCCCGUGAGGGCCGAGCGAGGACGAGGACCUGUGGGGCUGCGUGGGGUGCGGUGUGCAGGGCACGAGGCUGACCUGAGCCUCUGCAACACCUCCCUGCCUGAGAGCACACCGGCAGCAGGGAUCAUGGAGGACGUGGGGGUCGUGUGCCGGGUGAGUGGGAGCCGGCGGGUCCGGCUGGUGGACGGGGCCGGGCGCUGUGCCGGGAGAGUGGAGAUCUACUACCAGGGGCGCUGGGGCACCGUCUGCGACGACGCCUGGGACCUGGCCGACGCCGCCGUCGUUUGCCGCCAGCUGGGCUGCGGAGGGGCCCUGGAGGCAGCCGGCUCUGCUCGGUUUGGGGAGGGCUCCGGGCAGAUCUGGCUGGAUGGCGUCAACUGCUCCGGGGCUGAAGCUGCUCUCUGGGACUGCCCUGCCGAGGCCUGGGGGCAGCACGACUGCAGGCACAAGGAGGACGCGGGAGUCAUCUGCUCAGAGUUCAUGGCCCUGAGGCUGGAGAACAGCGACGGCUGCUCCGGGCGCCUGCAGGUUUUCUACAACGGGACGUGGGGCAGCGUUUGCUCCAACUCCAUGACCACCGAGACGGUGUCACUGGUGUGCAAGGAGCUGGGCUGCGGGAAUGAAGGGGUGGAAACAGAUUCUAACUAUGCCAAGCUGUCUGGCACGUGGCUGGAUCACGUGGAGUGUGGGAAGAGCAACAGCUCCUUCUGGCAGUGUCCCUCUGCUUCCUGGGAUCCGCAGUCGUGUACGACCCGAGAAGAGACCAAUAUCACCUGCAAUGGUAAAUCUGAGCCAUCAAGGCACCAGGUCCUGUUCCCCACUGGGCAUGGUGAAAUGCAGAGAAGGAACCCAGAGGGGCUUUGA